ACAAAAUAUUAGAUUUAAUAACAGAUCCAACUAUACCAACCGAUGCAGAGAACACCUUGAAUAUAAAAAAGGAUGAUUGUUCAUUAACGGUUAAGACACCUGUAGACAAUACGGCUGUAGAUUACUGGACUAUAGCACAUUAUAAAUGUGCUAAAAUUGCUAAUGUUGCUCUGCAAGAUAGAUAUGAUCCUGUUAUUAAGAAUCAUUUAGAAAACGGAGCAAGGAAUACAACUUAUAUAAGUAAUCGCAUUCAAAAUGACAUGUUAAAUAGUAUUGAGAACACUAUGCUCCUUUUAAUAAUAUCAAAUGUUCAAAGUAAACCAGUAUCUAUUAUUUCUGAUGACACCACAGAUAUGGGUCAUCAUGAACAAAUGCCAAUUGUUGUUCGUUACUUUGAUGAUGACACAUUUAACCCUGUUGAAAGGUUUGUUGGACUUCAAAGAUUGAAGCUUGUUGAUUCACAGUCAAUUUUUAAUGAGCUAUCAAUGGUACUAAAAAAUUUAAAAAUUCAGUGGAGAGAUGUUGUUUCAGUGUGUUUUGAUGGGGCUUCUACCAUUUCCGGUUGUAUUUCAGGGGUACAAGCUAAGUGUAAAGAAGUAAAUUCGAGUAUAAUAAAAGAAAAUAGAAUUGUAUUUGAUUUUUUUGGAGUAGUACAGUUAACUUAUUCAUUUAUUGAAGGAAGUGCUAUACGCCAUGCAGUUUUGGAACGAAUAUCAGCUGAUAUCAAUGCAUCGUUAAAGUCAAUGAAAUCUUUAUCUACAACAAGAUGGGCCUGUCGCUCUGAGGCAGUGUCAGCUUUAAAACAUAAUUAUUCGGCUAUUUUAUUAGCACUUGAAGAAAUAGUAGAUAGAACAAAACAACCUGAUUGUGAAAAUGUUGAUUUAUCAUCAGCAAUGUAUAAUAUUAAUGCUCUUCGAUCAGUGCUUAUUGAAAAAAGAAAUAAAAAUACAUUUAAAACUAUGUUUGAUAUUUGUACUUCUAUAUGUGAAAAAAUUGAUGUUCCAUUACCAUUACCCACAAAACGAAAAGUUUCAACUCGUAUCGACAAUAUUAAUUCACAGUUCCAAGCACAAUCAUUAGAGGAAGAACUAAGAGUCCAAUCAUUUUUUCCUAUGCUUGAUAUUAUGAUUAGUGGAAUUGAUGAAAGAUUCAAUCAAGACGCUAUUAAUCUAAUAAAUGCAGUUGAUGGAUUAAUGAAAUUAAAAAUAUUAAAAUCUAAGUUAAGAAGUACUAUGCUUCAAGAAAGACUAAAUGCAUUGAUGCUGAUAACGGUAGAACAAGAAAUGGCCAUUAACUUAAAUCCCGACGAUGUAAUUGAUCAUUUCAAAAAUUCUACACAACGCAGAAUGGUGUUAUAA